AGUACCUAUAUGUUGUUUCAGGUUACCUUUCAGUAAUUUUUACCUUUCGCCACUGCAAAACACGUUCAUUUCAUUUGUCGUAACAGAAUUAGAGCGAAACCCAAAACUUUACCAUGCACUGCCAUAAUAUAACUUUACAUUAAUAUUCAAUAGCGUUAGUACUAAUACUUUUAGUGCUGAAUACGUUCUAUGACGUCAAUUAACAGAUAAAUCACGUAGGUCGCUUGCGUAAGUCUUGGACGCACCACCACGCUCACGGUCAGUGUUACGGCCGGCAUCCGCAUUUUUCGCAGUGAAAAGAGUGUAGUGCGAAUUUGUUAACCUGUAGCUCGUAAAUCUGUAAUAUAUUAAAAUACAUGGUCUUGGAGAUUAGUGUAAGGAUUAUGAGCCCCUUUCCUCAGCUCAGGAUACGGCCCUGAAUCAUAUACGGUUCGUCCUGUGUGAUACGAUAUACCUAUACUGAUGAUACCUACUACCUUGACUUUACUUUGGUUGGACAGAAAUUAAAGAUUUCGAAAUUAUUAAAAAGCAGCUAUGGAAGGGGACAUAGUAAAUUCCGUAUUAGAGCUGUACAAAGAUAGCAAGUGGAGGGAUAUUGUGGAUAGAUAUCACGACCAUCCUGAAAGGAAUAAAUUGCUGUGGGUGUAUCCAAGCGGGGAGAACUUUCAAUUUCUAAAACAAUGCCUUGAAGAUCUGCUGUGUACUAAUAUAGUAAGCAUUGGUUGUGGCAGCGGGCUCCUGGAAUGGAUUAUGUCUCAAGCGACAGGUAUUCCUGUAUCAGGAGUGGAAGUAGAUGGUGCUUGGUGGCACUGUAAAUACGCCCCGCCCACCUUUAUACCUCUCCUUUUCACUCCUAUGGAGAUAGACAAGGAGAUCAUCACUCUACUCAGUCCCGGGGAAGGCAAAGGAGUACAUACAGAACCACGUCCUUGUGAGGAAGUCGACAAUUGGAAGCUUUACAAAUGGCAAGAAGUUAGACAAAGUCGGGAUUUUAUAGCGGUUUAUGUGAGGGAGUGUUUACGAAAUGGGGUAAUGAAACAUAUUUGA